AUGACGUCAUCGAUUGGCGUACUACAACCGUACAGGAACGUCAGGUGGGACGUAUCACUUCAACAUCACGCGAUGACGUCAUCGAUUGGCGCACUGCAACCGUACAGGAACGUCAGGUGGGACGUAUCACUUCAACAUCACGCGAUGACGUCAUCGAUUGGCGCACUGCAACCGUACAGGAACGUCGGGUGGGACGUAUCACUUCAACAUCACGCGAUGACGUCAUCGAUUGGCGCACUGCAACCGUACAGGAACGUCAGGUGGGACGUAACACUUCAACAUCACGCGAUGACGUCAUCGAUUGGCGCACUGCAACCGUACAGGAACGUCAGGUGGGACGUAUCACUUCAACAUCACGCGAUGACGUCAUCGAUUGGCGCACUGCAACCGUACAGGAACGUCAGGUGGGACGUAUCACUUCAACAUCACGCGAUGACGUCAUCGAUUGGCGCACUGCAACCGUACAGGAACGUCAGGUGGGACGUAUCACUUCAACAUCACGCGAUGACGUCAUCGAUUGACGCACAGCAACCGUACAGGAACGUCAGGUGGGACGUAUCACUUCAACAUCACGCGAUGACGUCAUCGAUUGGCGCACAGCAACCGUACAGGAACGUCAGGUGGGACGUAUCACUUCAACAUCACGCGAUGACGUCAUCGAUUGGCGCACAGCAACCGUACAGGAACGUCAGGUGGGACGUAUCACUUCAACAUCACGCGAUGACGUCAUCGACUGGCGCACUGCAACCGUACAGGAACGUCAGGUGGGACGUAUCACUUCAACAUCACGCGAUGACGUCAUCGAUUGGCGCACUGCAACCGUACAGGAACGUCAGGUGGGACGUAUCACUUCAACAUCACGCGAUGACGUCAUCGAUUGGCGCACUGCAACCGUACAGGAACGUCAGGUGGGACGUAUCACUUCAACAUCACGUGAUGACGUCAUCGAUUGGCGUACUACAACCGUACAGGAACGUCAGGUGGGACGUAUCACUUCAACAUCACGCGAUGACGUCAUCGAUUGGCGUACUACAACCGUACAGGAACGUCAGGUGGGACGUAUCACUUCAACAUCACGCGAUGAUGUCAUCGAUUGGCGCACUGCAACCGUACAGGAACGUCAGGUGGGACGUAUCACUUCAACAUCACGCGAUGAAGUCAUCGAUUGGCGCACUGCAACCGUACAGGAACGUCAACCACGCGAGUUGACUGAUAUAAAUUAAGAUUGAUUAUGGGUAAUAAAUAGGAUAUUAAACUCGCUACCAUUUCGAAUCAUGUUUAUGUCCCUCGUAAAUAAUGUUCAUUGUCACAAGCUAAAGCUAAAGCUUGUGACAACUGAAAAUUAUUUCACUCAGGACAUAAACAUAAUUCGAAAUGGAAUUUCUUUUAAUAUUCUAUAAGUAAGUGAGAGAAUAUGUGUAUAUAUCAAGUAUGCAAGGUUCUGCCUACAGUGGUAAUUUUAUAUCAGCACUGUAGCUGCUGGUCACGUAAUGCUGUCGACAUAACAAUUAUGAAUUUCACAUCCUCACCCACAAGACGUUAGCAUUGGAUUAUCCAUUGGUCAUGAAUUUCUAGGCAGACCCCAGAGUAUGAAAUACAAGUAUAUAUUCAUAAAGGUAUGAUCAUGCAGAGAGAGAAUGAAAUAUGAGUAUAUAUUCAUAAAGAUUGAUCAUGCAGAGAGAGAAUGAAAUACGAGUAUAUAUUCAUAAAGAUUGCAUGAUCUUGAUCAUGCAGAGAGAGUAUGAAAUACGAGUAUAUAUUCAUAAAGAUUGAUCAUGCAGAGAGAGAAUGAAAUAUUUAUAGUCAAAAGAAAACAAUUUCCAUAAUGAUGCUCACCUUGUUUUGACAGACCUCUAACAAUUGAAAAUCGGCUUAAACCAUUUAUUGGUAACACAAAAACAAAAUCAGUUAGCCCAUUUCCUUUUUACUUAACCUCUGAUGCCUUAUAACCGUAAAUAAAAUGUAUUGAGUGCAUUGUUAAAUAAAACAUUUCCUUCAUCCUACUUACCGGUAACCUGUUACAUUCAUGUAAAUGAUGUCCUUACUUUAAUACCUGAACGAAAAAUAGGUUUCACAAAAUUAGAUUUGUGUGAAUGACAUGCAGAUGAAGUGCAAAUAUUGUCAGAAUUGGCAGAGGCCCAUCUCAAAACAAAACCAGUACUCAUGUUGGAAACUAGGGUAGCAGCUUCUGUACAUUCUGCAACCAUAUUUGUGAAGGCUGUGUGAGACAUGAAGGUUAAUGCUGUUUAAAUAUUGAGUUGCAGUACGAUUAUCCUCUCUUUGCGGGAAGGAAUUAAUAUUUGUGUAUAAUUGAUCCCAAAGAUAACUGCUAGAAGUUGAUGAAGUUUGUGUUCAGAAUCAUGUUUAUCAUAAUGAAGGUGUUAUAGAACAAGGAUAUAUAUAGUUUUAUUGAUGAAACAAUACAUAAUCAAUGAAUUGGGAAUCCCAAUCCUAAAAUUACCUAUCUUUUUGGGAGCAAUAAAAAACAAUUUAAGAAAUAAAUAUUCAUUUUUUA